AUGAGUUUAGUCAAUUUGGUCAUUGUCUUUUGUUUCCAGUGCUCCUGUCAUAGUAAUAGUAGUAGUAGUAGCAGUAGUAGUAGUAGUAGCAGUAAUAGUAGUAGUAGCAGUAGUAUAAGUAGUAGUAGUAGUAUUAGAAGUAAUAGUAGCAGUAGUAAUAGUUGUAGUAGUAGUAGCAGUAGUAGUAGUAGCAGUAGUAGUAGUAGUAACAGUAAUAGUAGUAGUAGCAGUAGUAUAAGUAAUAGCAGUAGUAGCAGUAAUAGUAGUAGUAGCAAUAAUAUAGGUAGUAGUAGUAGUAUUAGAAGUAAUAGUAGCAGUAGUAGUAGUUGUAGUAGUAGUAGCAACAGUAUUAGCAGCAGUAGUACUACUAGCAGUAGCAGUAGCAGUAGCAGUAGUAGCAGUAGUAGUAGUAGUAGCAGUAGUAGGAUUAGUAGCAGUAGCAGUAGUAAAAGUAUUAGAAGUAGCAGUAGUAGUAGUAGCAGUAGUAAUAGUAGUAGUAGUAGCAGUAGUAGCAGCAGUAGUACUACUACUAGUAGUAGUAGCAGCAGUAGCAGCAGUAGUACUACUAAUAGUAGUAGUAGCAGCAGUAGCAGCAGUAGUACUACUACUAGUAGUAGUAGCAGCAGUAUAACUAGUAGUAGUAGUAGUAGAAGAAGAAGUAGUAGCAGUAGCAGUACUAGUAGUAGUAGCAGCAAUGGUAGUAGUAGCAGUAGCAGUAUUAGUAGUUGUAGUAGUAGUAGUAGUAGUAGC